UCCGUUUAUCUGCCGUUUAUUUCUGUGUUUGUCGCAAACAGCUGAAUUGAUUGCACUUGUGUUUUACCUGGAAUGAUAAUAUUUAAUUAAAUUGAAUAUUUCCUAAAGUACUUAAAAUUAGAAGUUGUUAUCAAGAAAACUAUUAUUUUAAUUAAAUUAAAACUUAUUUAAACAGCUAAAAUGUCGGAAGUUGAAGCAGUCCAAAUAAUUGCAGAGUCUUUAAAAGAACAGGGUAUUGAAUAUGUUUUCGGUAUAAUCGGAAUACCUGUCAUUGAACUGUCGAUGGCUUUUCAAGCUGCUGGCCUUAAAUACAUUGGCAUGCGCAACGAGCAGGCAGCUUGUUAUGCCGCUCAAGCAAUUGGGUUUCUAACUGGCAAGCCGGGUGUGUGUCUAGUUGUCUCUGGGCCGGGAUUGCUUCAUGUAACUGGUGGCAUGGCAAAUGCGCAAGUUAACUGCUGGCCAAUGUUGGUGAUUGCCGGAUCUACCAGUCAGGAUCAUGAGGGUAUUGGCGGUUUUCAAGAGUAUCCACAAGUGGAAAUGUCGCGGCCUUAUUGCAAAUAUGCAGCACGGCCACCAACCGCUUCUCUAAUACCUCUGCACGUAGAGAAGGCUGUUCGUUAUGCGACAUAUGGUCGACCGGGAGUAUCUUAUCUUGAUUUCCCUGGCAACAUAUUGCAGUCUCGAGUACAACAAGAUAAGAUCUACAAGGUAUUGUCAUGUCCCCCAGCACCACUGGUGUAUCCGGCUCACGACGAUGUUAUACGAGCAGCGAAUUUGUUGCGCUCUGCAAAGAGACCACUUGUGAUAAUCGGCAAGGGGGCUGCCUAUGCUCAUGCCGAAAAUAUAUUGCGUCAUUUUAUAGAGAACACGAAUUUGCCUUUCCUGCCAACACCUAUGGGUAAAGGUGUUGUCUCGGAUACCGCACCGCAGUGUGUCUCGUCUGCACGUUCUUUAGCAUUGCAGAAAGCAGAUGUUGUGUUGUUGUUGGGUGCACGGCUCAAUUGGAUUUUGCAUUUUGGCAAACCACCACGUUACAGCGCCGAUGUAAAAUUCAUUCAAGUUGACAUUUGUCCCGAAGAACUGCAUAAUUCUGUUCAAGCAUCGAUUGCCAUACAAUCGGACAUAAAGCCAUUUGCUGAGCAAAUCUUCGAACAAAUGAAUGCUGUAAACUUUGAGUUCCUAAGUGAGAAUCCGUGGUGGGAGGAACUUGCCAAAAAGUGCAAGAAUAAUCGCGAACAAGUGCGCAGCAUGGCAAUGCAAACAACAGCACCUUUAAAUUACUAUACCGUGUUUCAUCAUUUGCGUGAGUUGAUACCACGCGAUGCGAUAAUUGUCAGUGAGGGCGCCAACACCAUGGACAUUGGGCGCUCAAUGCUUUUUAACAUUUUGCCACGUCAUCGAUUGGAUGCCGGCACAUUCGGUACAAUGGGUGUUGGUCCUGGAUUUGCCGUUGCAGCAGCGCUGUAUUGUCGAGAUCGUUUCCCUGGUAAACGUGUUAUAUGCGUAGAAGGUGAUAGUGCUUUUGGCUUUUCCGGCAUGGAAUUGGAGACAAUGGUGCGUUAUAAAUUGCCAAUAACAAUUGUUAUUGUAAACAAUAACGGUAUCUAUGGUGGUUUCGAUCAAGAAACUUACGAUGCCAUACGAAAUGGCGGUGAUUUGUCACAAGUUACACCACCAUCUGCUUUGGGCGUUCAAGUACAUUAUGAGGAAAUGUUGAAAAUGUUCGGUGGUAGCGGUUACUUUUGCAAGGAGAUACCAGAAUUGCAGGCCGCUCUCAAGGAUGCACAAAAGCUUACCGAUAAGCCAACAAUUAUCAAUGUGGCCAUAAAUCCAUCAUCGGAUCGCAAACCACAGACUUUCAAUUGGUUAACUGAAUCGAAAUUGUAAAUAUGCGCCAAUAUAAUUGUGCGAUUCCCUUUAUGAGCAUACAUGUAUGUAUGUAUGUAUACAUUUAUAUAUAAUGAGUUGAGCAUUGUUACAAAUGCAGUUCUUUGAUUUUAAAACCAUAUGCUACACUUUUUCGCCAAAGGAAAGUUUAGAUACACAUUAAAAGUGCUAAAUAUCUAUUUUGUUUACUUAAGUCCAUUAAUAUGGGUCAUUUGGAAUAUGCAAUUCUAUUUAAAAUAAUAUUAAUAUAUUGGUUGUGUCUACUGCAGUAACGUUGCUCAAGUAUUUUAUUUAGUAUAAUAAAGUUACCUAUUUGAACAUUCCAAUCGCUUGAUGGUAUGUGUAUGUACAUACAUAAGUAUAUACAUCGAUGCCACUUAAUUCUUAUAAAUUAAAUAUAUAUUUUUCCGAAACGAAUUCAAUAUCUUUUGUGCAUACUUUUAGAAAUUAAGUCAAAUAUUGUACUUUGUAUUUUCGGAAUUUUCUUAAGAAUUUAUGUAUCCAAUUGUAUAUACAACGUGUGUAUGUCUCUUUUAUAUACCUUUUUAAAACUGUUAAAGAUUGUAUACUAUGAUUAGCAAAAAUUUUAUUCACAAUUAUGUAUGUAAAUGAACACAUUGCGCAGUGAUAUAUUUUUGAAACAGGGUCCGGUAUUGUAUUUUCGAUGCAACCAUUUACAAAGAAGAAUUUACUUGUAUUUGUUGUUUUGAGUGUAAGUUUAAAAUAAAAACGCAUUGAC